AGUCGCCACGUGCGUUUGGUGACGCCACAGACGUCAAAGUGUUUGUGUUUACGUUGCGAGGCGAAGAACAAAAUUUUGCAAAUAUAUCAAUUUUCUGGCUAGGAAACACUCUCAGAAUAAGCCACUAUCGUCAUGAGUAAGCGAGGUGGAAGAUUUGGAGGAAAAUUUCAGGGGAAGAAGCGAAAGUUCCACGGAAAUCAGGGAAAAUUCCCACACAAGGCGGAAGGUUUCGUGCGGGAGAUGAUCAAUGUCCAGGAAGUCGAUGUCGGGAUCACAGAGUUUGUGGGAGAUUCUCUGGGCUUCUCGGGCAUCAUCAAGUGUAAAUUUUCAGACUUCCAAGUGAAUGAAAUUGAUCUGGAUGGAAAUGUUGUGAAAUUGACUGACACUUCCGUGCCAGAGUGUCAAGUUGAUAAACUUCCUGAUAACGGAGAAUCUCUCCUGAGUGCAGAAGAUUUAACAUCAUUGCGUGGCCUCUUGGAGAACUCAGAUAAGGAAUUCCUGGAAAUAGACGUGACAGAGAUGAGCAAGGAGCAGCGAACGCAAAUUCACGCUGGCAUCCGGGAAGAGUUUGGUCAGAAAAUCAUCGCAAAUACCAUUUCCAAGGAGGAGAGGAAGUUUAUCAAGUGCUUCAAACCCAAGAAAAACGGUCGUGAUCAGGAGAGAACUCGAUGGCUCUGGCCACAUCAGUACAUCUAUUUCGUGCUUCACAAGAUGAACAUCGACACCAUGAAGGCUGCCAGUGCUCUCGCCAGCAGCAUGAGGAUCAAACCCUCUCUUCUGACCUAUGCUGGAACGAAGGACAAGAGAGCUCUGACUUCUCAACUGUUCUGUGUGAAGCGCAGAGAGCCGGCGAUGAUCAUGGCAGCGGCGAAAAGGACAAAUAACAUUGAGGUGGGAAAUUUCACCAGCCGUCCGGAGGUGUUGAAACUCGGUCAACUCCGGGGAAAUCGCUUCAGAAUAGCACUGAAGGAAAUCACAGCAGAUCCUCAAGUCAUUGGAGACUCUCUCCUAAGCUUCCGCGAGAAGGGAUUCAUCAAUUACUACGGGUUGCAGAGAUUCGGGAAUUCCGCUGUUGUUCCUACAUUUACCAUUGGAAGAGCCCUGCUCAAGGGCCAAUGGUUGGAGGCAUGCGAAUUGAUACUGAAGCCCCGUCCGGGAGACUUGCCGGAUAUGCAACGCGUGCGUGAGUGCUGGUGGGAGAGUAGAGAUGCAAAGAAAGCCCUGGCUUUGGUGGAUGGACAUCAGAAGUGCAUAGAAAUUGAUCUGUUGAGAGGAAUGUCCCAGCAUGGAGCCAAUGAUCUCGUGGGAGCUCUGGAAAAAGUGCCCAGGAAUACUAGACUUCUCUACAUUCACUCCUAUCAGAGUCUGAUUUGGAACAGGAUUGCUUCCAAGCGAUUCAAACUGGGACUGAAACCACUACCUGGAGAUCUUGUUUACAGGGAGGAAGCAUCUGAGGUUGCUGAGAAGGAUCUGGAAGACACUAUUGACGAAGAGGAGUCAGAUGAGGAGGAAGAUUGUGGUCAGGAAGAGUCAAAGUUCAAGAAUAUGGUGAAAAGACUCACAGAAGAGGAGGCGAAAUCAGGCAAUUACAGCAUCUUUGAUGUCGUUUUACCCCUUCCUGGACAUGAUAUUACAUACCCAAACAAUCAAUGUGGGGAAUGGUAUCAGGAACUCCUGGCCACUGAUGAUCUCUCUUCCGAGAAACUAAAGCAGAAAGUCAAAACAUAUUCGCUGGGCGGGACGUACAGAAAGUUCAUGGCCAAACCUGAGAAUCUUACCUGGAGUUUAAUGAAGUACAACUCAACAAAUGACCUACUUCUGGCCUCAGAUGUGGAUGAGAUGCGCAACAAAGUGAUUCCUGAGGAUCCAAAUGGAACAAAAACCGCGCUGCUUCUGGAUUUCUGUCUUCCCUCAUCCACGUACGCCACAAUGGCUCUCCGGGAGGUUCUCAAGACGGACACAUCCACGGCAGCACAGAUAAAGCUGAAUCCCAAGGAAAAUUCUCCAGACGCCGAAGCCGUUAAGAAGGCAAAAGUUUGAUUUUGCCACUAGAGGCGCUGACUGUUCUCUGCUGUCAAAACAAAGCUGCGAAAGAAA